CGCCAUUUCGAGCGCCGCCUAGUGAGAACCUCGAGAAGCUCACAACUGUCAAAAUGGCGCUCAAGGCACAAGUCGGUCAGAAGAUUAUGAAUGAAGUCAUCAAACAGAAAAAGAAAACAGCAGGUGGCGUAGAAUGGAGAAUACUGGUCGUCGAUCAGCUGGCAAUGAGGAUGGUGUCGGCAUGUUGCAAAAUGCACGACAUCAGCGCGCAAGGAAUAACAUUGGUCGAGGACAUCAACAAGAAGAGAGAGCCCCUGCCGACUAUGGAGGCUAUCUAUCUGAUCACACCGUGCAAUCCAUCCGUUCAAAAACUCAUGGAGGACUUCAAUAAUCCGACAAGAACAAUGUACAAGAGUGCCCAUGUUUACUUUACCGAAGUUUGCCCGGAGGAGCUGUUCAAUGAACUCUGCAAGUCUCUAGCUGCUAAAAAGAUAAAAACCCUGAAAGAGAUCAACAUCGCGUUCCUGCCAUAUGAAUCGCAGGUAUUCUCGUUGGAUUCCCCUGAAACGUUUUCCUGUAGUUACAAUCCUUCAUUUAUAAACUUGCGAAAUGCUAACAUGGAGAGAAUCGCUGAACAAAUUGCAACGCUGUGCGCUACUCUUGGGGAAUAUCCGUCUGUAAGAUAUAGAAGCGACUUUGACCGCAACGUCGAACUGGCGCAAAUGGUCCAACAGAAACUCGAUGCCUACAAAGCUGACGAGCCGACGAUGGGCGAGGGACCAGAAAAGGCGAGGUCUCAGCUUCUUAUUCUCGAUAGAGGAUUCGACUGUGUCUCUCCACUUCUACACGAACUUACUCUACAGGCUAUGGCCUAUGAUUUACUAGAGAUAGAGAAUGAUGUCUACAAGUACGAAGCAUCCGCUGGACAGGCUGAGAAGGAAGUUUUACUUGAUGAAAACGAUGAGUUAUGGGUCGAUCUGCGGCAUCAGCACAUAGCUGUCGUAUCCCAAAAUGUAACAAAGAACUUGAAGAAGUUUACGGAAUCUAAGAGGAUGCCACAGGGGGACAAGCAAAGCAUGAGAGAUCUUUCGCAGAUGAUUAAGAAAAUGCCACAGUACCAAAAAGAGCUCAGCAAAUACGCGACGCAUUUACAUCUUGCCGAAGACUGUAUGAAACGUUAUCAGGGAAACGUCGAUAAGCUUUGCAAAGUUGAACAGGACUUGGCAAUGGGAACGGAUGCAGAAGGAGAGCGCAUAAAGGAUCACAUGCGUAAUAUUACGCCAAUUUUACUCGAUCAAACUGUCGAUAACACAGACAAAUUGCGUAUAAUAGCCCUUUACGUUAUCAGCAAGAACGGCAUUACAGAGGAGAAUUUGAACCGUCUUGUUCACCACGCGCAAAUAUCACCAGACGACAAACAGACCAUCGUCAAUAUGGCGAAUCUUGGCAUCAACGUUGUCGUAGAAGGUAACCGCAAAAAGAUGUACACCAUAACUCGUAAAGAAAGAAUAACCGAACAAACCUACCAGAUGAGCCGUUGGACUCCAAUUAUCAAGGAUGUAAUGGAGGACUGUAUCGAAGAUAAACUGGACAGCAAGCACUUCCCGUUUUUAGCAGGACGGGCAGCAAGCUCCGGAUAUCACGCACCGACUAGCGCCCGCUAUGGACAUUGGCACAAGGAUAAGGGUCAACAAACAAUCAAGAACGUACCCAGAAUGAUAAUAUUUAUCGUCGGUGGCGUUUGCUUCUCGGAAAUCCGAUGCGCAUACGAAGUAACGAAUGCAUUGAAAAAUUGGGAAGUCAUUAUCGGUUCUUCGCACAUAAUCACACCAAAAUCUUUCCUGAUGGAUUUGAGUAAGCUGCAUGUGUAAUGACUGAUCGUUUAAAGAAUAACAUUACAUUCCUGCAUUCAACGUUACGCAAAGAUUCUUUGAUGAACCUGCAGUUAGUAUUCAUAGCCUUGGUUUUUGUCAGUAUUAUCAACCAUAGAUAAGAAUUAUAAUGAAUUCUUCGUGUCAAUUCAUAUAUAUGUAUUAGCGGGUCCUGUCUUAUAUACUAUAUGUAUAUGCACGUAUACACUGUAGCAAUGGUAUACGACGAAGUAUGAUAAUUAUGCCUGAACCUUCUAAAAGAUAACAAAGAUUAGUUUUAGACAUUUAGCCAAUAAAUGAAUAGGAAAAAAGGAAAAGAAAUAGAAAGCGAAAGAAAGAAUAUCAGAGAGAAAUAAUUUAUACCCAAAAUUAAGUGCCUGUAUGGUGGACAAUUCGUUCAAGAUUUAUGCGUUGAUAAUGCUGAUAGCGACGUAGUGUUCAUAUAUGAAGUAUGUGUAUAUGAUGUAGUACAUACAUUUCCAAGCAAUAUACUAUGUUUAACCAUAAAAUCAUCCGCUACUUUAAAAUUUCGUCGAAUGUGAGUAAGAAAACCUGCGUGUAAGAAAAAUAUUAGUGAUAAAAUGAUGAUGUAACUGUGUACAUUUUUCUUUCAAUUUUCUCUAAUUUUCCGUUAUUGACUUGCGAAUUAUUUUUCUCAAAAUUAUCGUCAAUCGUGAAUUUCAUAUCGUUAUUAUUUUUAAUUUAUUUAAUGACUUUAAACUUAAUUAUUUUGUAUACGUAUAUCGAACGAUUUUCAGUUUAAUAUUAUCGAGUAUAUUUGUAAGAGACAAUUUGUUGAACCCUUUAGCGGUUCUAACGCGAAUCAGAUUCUCUCUAAUAAUUAUUAACAAUGUUGCGUCAAAAAUACGUAGAUUGAUUGUACUUACCGAACUUGUCCAGUCGCGGUUUUGCGUUACGUAGCUCGAGAACAACAUACAACAGCCCUGUUUUCGCCAUCGAUGAAGAUAAUCAAUUAAUACCUUCUACCUGGCAAACUAUAGUCCGCGAUGACUUCAAUUAUGUAUUUAGCUUAAGUGAAUAAUAGUACCGGUGCUACACGUAGGUUCUAGAAGAAUAGAAAUCUGUGUUUCCUCAUGUAUGUUUACUUUGAUCGCCGUAUAUAACAAUCACGAGUUGCACCUAAAGCUGUAUAAAUCACUCGCCGCUGUUUUGUGAAUAAUAACGAUAAUUCAAUAAUAUAUUGAAACUUACGAUCAAAUUAUACUACGAAUUACGGCAUGUACUAAAUUAUUCAUUAUAUUAUACCUAUAUUUUAAAAUAAAUGAAAAUAAAUUGUAUAGAUUUCAAAAAUGUUCAAGUAUAUAAUGCGUGUUAUACACACACAUUUAUAUA